AUGGCGGCGCAGGCCAGCGUGCUCAACCCCCAGGCGCGCAGCGAGCUCCAAAGCGUCCUCGACUUUGAGGCGCGCACCUCUCGCCUCGCCUACGCCGACAUCUACCUCCCACCCGGCGUGCCGUCCCUGGCGGAGGCGCGCGAUCUCAACGCGGUGGUGUUUGGGCACGGCUUCUCGCAGGACCCCGAAAACUACAUCACGAUCCGCGACCAGCUGCUCGGCGCCGGCUGGGUGGUGGUCGCCCCCACGACAGGCGUGCUUGAUGUCUUGGGCCGCCAGGUCGGCUACGAAGCCUCAGCACGCGCCAGCUCAGCGCGCAGCAAGCUGCCAGUCAAGCUGCAGGCUGCCCUCAUCAUUGACCUCCUCCGCACCGCCCAGCUCCUGCACGGGGGCCCGGGCGCCGACGAAGCGUGCUCACGCAUGAUGGCAAAAGGACAGGCGCGUGCGCAUGAGAGGCCCCCCGCUCCGAUGCUGUUCCUGGGCCACAGCCUUGGCGGCGCGUGCUCCAUCCUGGCCGCUGCCAAGCUGCAGUCUGACAAGAUCCGCGGCGUGGUGCUGCUGAGCGCGCAAGUCAGCAUGAUGCAGCAGUCGCCGGUCAACGAUGACAUUUGGCUGCUGGAUGGCAACAAGAGGAGCACAGAGGCCGCCCUGAAGUUCUUCCAGGACGAGUUCCCCAGGGACACCCCCCUCAUCAUCGUCAGCCCUGACAGGGACGUGCUCGCGCCGCGGCCCACGCUGGAGUGCCUGUUCACGGUCGCCGCCCAGGCGCGAAAGGAUGAGCAGCUGGCCCUGUUUGAGAUCAAGGGGGAUCACACUGGCUACGAGGACAGGCUGGAUCUGCCCACUGACUUUACAUUCCAGGGGGCCCGGGUGCCACUGCCGGCGCUGCUGCAGGCCGCGGUCAAAGGGGCUCUGUCCGCCAUCAACCUCUUAGCCAUCCCACUUGCUGAGAAGGUGCUGCUGGGAGAGGCGGCCAGGAAGCAAAAGGAGGUGACAGCACAGGUGCUGCAACAGAUCAUUGACCCGAUCUUCAACUACAAGGACAUCAAUGACAGCCUGGUGGUGCAGACCAGUCAGGACCCCGACCUGCAAUACCAGACGAAGUUCACAGUAAAACAGGAGGAGUACGACCACCUGAAAGAGGCAAUUGCUCGCAACGUGGAGAGGAACCCCCCUCUGGAGCUGCUCCUGGGAGGUUAUGCGGUCGCGCAGGCCGCGGCCAGCACGCUUGCAGCGCGCCUGCUGGUGCAGUCAACAGAGCUCACCACCUACCUCGGCCUCACCUUUGCCCUCGCCUACGAGAACGCCCUCCUCGUCGCCGGCCGAUACAUCGCCGGCCCCCUGAACGACCCCAGCCGCGCUGCGGCUCCCCCGUCUGGCCCCGCGCAGGCCGAGGCGGCCCGGCAGGCCGCCGAGGCCCGGGCGCGCAUGGACGCCCUGCGGGACCUCAGCGAGUGGCGCUUCCUUGCGCACUCGGGCGCGCCGCUGGCCAUUGUCGCGGGGCUCAACCUCGCCGGCCGCGCGGGCGUCGGCUGGGCGGCCGACCCCGUGUGUGAAGGGCUGGUCGGCCUGAGCGUGCUGGGGGUCGUCGGCAUCAGCAGCGUCCGCAACACGGCGUUCCUGACCAUCGCGCCGCGCUGGGCGCGGGGCAUCCUGCGCUUCGCGUACGACCGCGGCACGCUGGACUUCACAAAGGUGGUGCCUGUGCUGCUGACAAACCUGGCGCUGAUUGUGCUGGGGGUGCAGGCGGCGGGGCAGGACGCGGCCGCGUGGCCGUUUGCGGUGGGACCGGUGCUGAGCCUGCUGCUGAACGCGUGGCCGUCCGCGAAGGACGGCGAAGUGAUCGACCCACACAACAAGCGCCUCCCGCAAUUUGUGACUGGCAACGCCGGCGAGCUCGUGCUGUUUGCAUCAAUGGUCGCCACAGAGUACCUGCUGCGCGGCCGCUGA